AAAUAUAAGAAACGUCCUAAUCAAUUUUAUGACGGCAAAGAUCUGUACAAGUGCGAUAUGCGUUCGGUUUCUAUUUUAAUUUUUAGUAUUACUUCCAAUAAAACGUAGCAGAAGUUACGUGUUGUUAGUUGUAGGCAGCAGCUUCUGCUGACAUAAUUACCCACAUUCGUUGGGCUACGGAGCCAAGAGAUCAUUUGACAGGGCGUCUGAUCUGAUCCGAUGUUUCAUGAAAGUUAAGCAGGGUGUUUCAAACCCAUAUAUACUAGCCGCGUUCUCCAAAUAAAUAUACUGUUCACAACGCUUGCAGUGCCAGUACAACGGAAUUUCCUCUGCUACUGGAUUUGGAACCAUUACGGAUAAACACAGUUCUGACACGAUGGAGGAAGAUAGAGGGGACGUCGGAAAAAUGGAGAGUCAGGCGCUGUCUGGAUACAAGGCUGAUCCAGAGCCUGUGGGUUGCAUUGAAGUGUUAGCCACAGCAUUCUCAAUUCUGCUUCUCAUUCUCACCUUUCCAGUUGCAAUUUUCAUGAGCUACAAGGUGGUCCAGGAGUACGAACGCGCUGUUAUCUUCCGCUUGGGAAGACUUCGUAAGGGGGGAGCCCGUGGUCCGGGAAUUUUUUUUGUCUUACCGUGCAUUGAUACGUACUGCAAAGUAGAUCUACGGACUGUUUCAUUUGAUGUUCCUCCACAAGAGGCACUCACCAGGGAUUCAGUGACUGUCACAGUGGAUGCUGUCGUCUAUUAUAGAGUAAAUGAUCCAUUGAAUGCCAUCGUCUCAGUUAACAAUUACAGCCAUUCUACUCGCCUGCUUGCUGCAACAACAUUGCGUAAUGUUCUGGGCACAAGAAACCUAUCUGAGAUACUGUCUGAACGAGAAGCAAUUGCCCAUACAAUGCAGUCAGCUCUUGAUGAGGCUACAGAUCCGUGGGGUGUGAAAGUGGAACGUGUUGAGAUAAAAGAUGUACGACUACCAGUUCAAUUGCAGAGAGCUAUGGCAGCUGAAGCAGAGGCUGCACGAGAGGCUCGUGCUAAAGUAAUAGCUGCAGAAGGAGAAAUGAAGGCUUCACGUGCUCUGAAAGAAGCUUCUGAUGUUAUGUCUGAAAGUCCAGCUGCCUUACAGCUUCGUUAUCUCCAGACCCUGAAUACCAUUUCAGCUGAGAAGAAUUCUACUAUUAUAUUUCCACUGCCAAUGGACAUUGUCACUCCUUUUCUCACUAAUCUUAAAAAGUCUUAAUUCGAUCUUCAAACAAAUUUACAUAUAUUAUUAAGUGAUGUGUUUAUUGUAAUAUGUUUAUUCUAUGUGUGCACAGCAUUUGUUUGUAUCUCAGGAAUUUACAUCUAAUUUUAUACUUUCUUGUGCUUCGUCAAGAGUGUGUUUCAUACAUACGAAGGAAUCCACAAAUUUGUAUCAGAGUUCACUUUAAAAGCCCAUAGAAUAUAAUGUUCAAAACAUUCAAGAACUUUUUUUCGUACAACUAUAAGAAAAUGUAGAAAAAAUAUUGCCUGAAAUGUUACAUUUUGCAUUAACUUAGAGUAAUCUAUAGAAUUCAGCUGUACAUCUCAAGAAAUCCAUUGCUUCUUAUUACCCAGAUGUUACAUUAGGUAUGUGUUGUACAAUGAGUAUUUAAGGUUAGUUUGGAAAACGGAACUAAAAAGGACUGACAUAACACCUCAAUCUCUGACAAGAUUAAAUUAAAGUGUGGUAUGCAAUGCAUGGUGUGACAAUAAGAGGUAAAAAGAUGAGAGUUUCCUUCAUACAUUCUGCUAGAGGCAAGGAGGAGAGGAAGGGAUUUGGGUGGAUGGGGGGGGGGGGGGGGGAUUAAGACACUCACCACUAACACCAGCUGUCAGGGACUAAUGCAGUACUACUGACAGAUGGAGUUGAAACUAUUUUACUACUCUGUUGACAGUAUCCCCACAUGAUUUGUGAAAUGUGUUGGUACUAUAGCUUGUGCUCAUAGUAAAAAGUGAAUUUACGUAUUAUUUUCAUAUUAUCCCUGAAAAUCCAAUCCUUAUACUUACACUAGUCACUUUACCUAAAGUAUAGAAUGCCAUCACAUUGCCCAGUUUGGUCCUGUGAGAGUUGAUAUGACACUAAACCCUAAUCUUCUUGUGCUCUUUUCUGUGAGAGUUUAUAUCACACAUUAUAAAUAAUAAUAAUAAUAAUAAUAAUAAUAAUAAUUAUAAUAAAUCCUUGUAUGAAAGUACAACUUGUAUGUUGUCUCAAUAACACUCUGUAGUACCUCAGAACCUGUGGUAUUUAGUUCCUAUUUAUCCUUAUAAAACAGUCUAUGAGCACAGCUUUGUGAAUUAAUGGGAUGAACAUAUUUCAUUCUGAACUCCAUCAAACAGUCAUGAUUCCUGUAGUACUAAAUGAUGAGAUUGUACAUCUUGGGAAAAAAUAUUCGUAAUGAGUGGACACCCGUCACUGUUUCAGAUUUAAGUGUUGUUUCGUUAAUUGAACACCAGAGUAAAAUAAAAUGAUCAUAUAGAUAAUUAAUGCAGACAUCCAUGAGAUUAGUUUCUGACAGAAUGGUAAAAAUGAGACAACUAAUGGGUUAAGUUGCCCACACAUAGUUCACAUUCUCUGCAAUUUUAAAGAAAAAUAAAGUAAAGAAAAGAAUGAAUAUAUUCUAUGAUACAGUAAUAUGUCAGUGUAAUAAUUAAAUUCUAAAUUUUGUCUCACCAUGAUCAGUAUAUUUCAUUACUUUUUCCUCUGUAAUGCUUUUUUGGUAUGGCCUGUGAAUAUCACAAAGUGUUAUUCAUGUUAGAGACAUUGAUAAGUAGUAACUACCAGAAAAUUUCUGCUGUGUUUGUUUUGACAGCAGGAUUUUAUGUCAUUGGUAUUUUGUGAUACUUCUCCCAUUUUGUGGAUAUUUGUUUUCCAGAAAAGGGGGAGAUGGAAAUUGGUUUCUGUGUGUAUUUGCGACUGAUGUACUGCUAUCAUUGUAACUGUCACUGGACAUGCACUAAUUGCUUUCCCAAGAUUCAUAUCGUACUUUUUUGUGAUUUGCAGAAUAAUUUCAAUUUGUGUUAGUUUAAUCCAGAAUUCAUACUACUUGCUGUAACAAUUAUGCAAAAUUUCUAAAGUGUGUAUCCAUUUCUUUUUUAGUAUGUUCCAAACAUUGUUUGACAAUUUAUGGGUUGCAAUAUGAAUUUGCCGUGUAAAUAGUUCUCUGUGCAAGCCUAAAGUUAAUGAAAUAUAUUUGCUUGUAAGAUUCUGAAGAUACUUUAAUUUUUUACAAAUAGAUGAUUGUUAUAUGCUGUGUGACUUUUUUUAUAAUACAGCUCAUCAGUGAUUGGUAGUCAGCAUUCAUCUGCUGUAAGUAUGACUAAAAACAUUCAUUAUAUUGUACAUUUUCUCUGCAUUGUGACAUUUCAUUCUGCAAACAUAACUGAAAGUGUGUGUUCCAAAACUAGUUUCUUGAUGAAUUCAACUGAUAGCUCUGUAGCAUACUAGGUAUAAGAAUCUGUGUUUUCCUUAUAUAUCAGUCGUUUUAGAAUUUUUAUGGAUUGUGGCUUGAUUGGCUUUUACUUUGUGUGUUAGUUUUUACUGUAUCUUUCAGAUAACAAUAUUGUGACUGAUGGAUGUAAUAAAAUUGUGUGUAACAUUGUAAGUUUAUAUGUACAUUAAAAAUAUUUCUUUUAUA